UGGGCUGGGGGUGGGUGGGUGGUGGUGGGGAAGCGGUUGCUGCUGCUUCUUCCAAGCCGGGCGAGGGGGGAGCGUCGGAGCAGCCGCCAGAGGAGAUGUUGCCGCCGCCUUCGCCGCCCCUCCGCUCCCGGCACUCGUGCGCGGCUUCCAGCUAGCCUCGUCGCGGCACUCGGCGGGGAAGCAGUUCAUUCCCCACCACCACGCGCGUUCCCGGCACAGGCUCGUCUCCCCGGCUGCUGAUAAAAUGCAUGUGUCAUUAGCUGAAGCCCUGGAAGUUCGGGGUGGACCACUACAGGAAGAAGAAAUAUGGGCUGUGCUGAAUCAGAGUGCUGAAAGCCUUCACGAGUUACUCCAAAAAGCUGAUCCAACUGCUUUGGGCUUUCUCGUAUCUCCCUGGUCUCUUCUGCUACUUCCAUCUGGCAGCGUAUCGUUUACGGAUAAAAAUGUUUCUAAUCAAGAUCUGCAAGCCUUCACAGAACCAGGAGCUCUCCAAAAUCGGUCCCUGUCAUCUGUUUCUGAUGUUGAAAAGGCCCACAUUUAUUCUCUUGGAAUGACCCUUUAUUGGGGAGCUGACUAUGAGGUUCCAGAAAGCCAGCCAAUCAAACUUGGAGAUCAUCUGAACAGCAUCCUCCUUGGUAUGUGUGAAGAUAUUGUGUAUGCUCGUGUGUCUGUACGGACCGUUCUCGAUGCCUGCAGCGCUCACAUACGGAACAGCAACUGUGCACCUUCUUUCUCAUAUGUAAAGCAGUUAGUCAAACUGGUUCUGGGGAGUUUGCCCGGGGUAGACCAGCUUUCUGGGGAGAAAAAGCUUCACACAGACAGGAGCCAGGCCAUUCGAGAGAGGCUGAGAGGAAAACGACUUCCCACAGGAAAAAUGACUGAUGCAGCAAUUGGUUACCCGGCCCCAUUUUCUCAGCAAAUCGUGCUUAACAAAGGACUUAGUAAGUCAUUGGAGUUCUUGUCAACCAGGGACUCAUGUGGUGAAAAGGAAUUUUCUCAAACUAUUGCCUCUGAUUACAAUUCUGGCCACGAAGACAGUACAGAUAGUUGCUGUCCUUACCGAUUCAGAGCUUCCAACCUGGAAAAGAAAGCCAACAAUGAUCCCAAACGCAAAGUAUGGGCUUCUUCCUCUGAUUUGUUGUGCGCAACUCAUAAAGUCACAGAGGGGGACUAUGUCACAGAUUCUCUUAAGCACCAUCAUCAAGGCGGAACCAUUUUAGGACGGACUUCAGGAGCUCCCAUAAACAAAGAAGGCAGAUAUUCUGAUGGGAGCAUAGCCCUUGAUAUAUUUGGCCCUCAAAAACUUGACCAAAUGCUUCAUGUAUCAGAGACCUCAACAUCGGCAGCCUUACUAUGUGCCUUUGACAGGAUCAAAGAGAAGCAGAAGAAAUUGCAGUUGCUGAGAGAAGCCAUGAACGUAGAAGAGCACGUACGAAAAUAUAAAUCUUACCAUAGUGAUGUAUGCAACACUGACAGUGAGGGCCCAUCUUUCAUUGCUUCCGAGACAGAUUUUAGACAAGUUCCAGUGAGGAGGUAUGAAGCUCUGAAAGAUGAGUCCAGUGGGUCUUCCUUAAGAAUAGAUGAUACCUCUUCAUCAGGUCAAAAACCAGGACAAAGAUCAAGGCAGUAUGAAGCAACUCCUGAAGACAGCCUGUUGAGCCAAGAAGUAAUGUUGAAGCGCCAGGAGGAGGAAAUGAUGCAACUGCAAGCUAAAAUGGCGCUCCGGCAGUCUCGGCUCAGCCUCUAUCCUGGAGACCUGGUGAGGCCAACCGUGCUUGAUAUGACAAAGGAUCCACUUAGAGAAAUUGCUUUGGAAACAGCCAUGACGCAAAGGAAGCUAAGGAAUUUCUUUGGUCCUGAGUUCGUAAAAACUACCAUUGAACCCUUUGCCUCCUUGGAUAUGCCAAAAUCAAUUUUGAACAAGAAAGGGAAGAAUGAAGACAAUCGUCGGAAAGUCAACAUCAUGCUUUUAAGUGGCCAAAGACUAGAACUGACUUGUGAUACUAAGACCUUAUGCAAAGAUGUAUUUGAUAUGGUAGUCGCCCAUAUUGGUUUAAUGGAGCAUCACUUGUUUGGAUUAGCUUCCUUAAAAGAAAAUGAGUACUUCUUCAUCGAUCCAGAGCUGAAGCUAACUAAAGUAGCCCCUGAUGGCUGGAAGGAAGAAUCUAAGAAAAGGAACAAAAACACUGUAAACUUCAUCUUGUACUUCCGGAUUAAGUUCUUUGUGGAUGACAUUAGUCUGAUUCAGCACACCUUGACGUAUCAUCAGUACUACCUGCAGUUAAGGAAAGAUCUUCUAGAAGAGAAGAUACACUGUGAUGAUGAAACAGCCUUAUUGUUGGCUUCCUUGGCCCUCCAGGCAGAAUAUGGAGAUUACCAAGAUGAAGUACAUGGCUUAUCCUACUUCAGAACAGAACACUAUUUGCCAGCAAGAGUGAUAGAGAAUCCGGAGCUACCUAAUGUGAAAGAAGAAUUGCCAAAACUGCACAGCACCUAUGCAGGUGCCUCUGAAAACCAAGCUGAAAUAGAAUUUCUGAAGAUUUGCCAGAGGCUGACCGAUUAUGGUGUACAUUUUCAUCGUGUGCUGCCGGAGAAAAAAUCUCAGACUGGAAUUCUGCUAGGCAUUUGCUCCAAAGGAGUUCUUAUUUUUGAAGUUCACAAUGGUACCCGAAUGCCUGCCCUUCGUUUCCCGUGGAGAGAAACAAAGAAAAUUUCCUUCAGUAAAAGAAAGAUAACGCUGCAGAAUACAUCCGAUGGUAUAAAGCACACGUUCCAGACAGAUACAACCAAGACCUGCCAAUACUUGUUACAGCUCUGCUCUGCUCAGCACAAAUUCCAGCUCCAGAUGAAAGCCAGGCAAAGCAACCAGGAUGCUCAGGAAAUCGAAAGAGCUUCCCUUCGGAGUCUCAGCCUCCAUCCAGACUCCGUGAAAGGAUUCAACAUGGGACGUGCCAUCAGUACCAACAGCCUGGCCAGCAGCACGUUAAACAGACUUGCCGUCCGGCCGUCGACAGUACAGGCGGAGAUUCUCAAAAGACUCUCCUAUUCGGAAUUGUCCCUUUUCCAGCCUGCCCAAGGCUAUUCCCGAGACAAAAACGAGAAGACGUCCUGGGAGGAACGGCCCAAAAUUAUGAGCAAAUCUUUCCACGACUUGACCCAGAGUCAGGUGUUAGUCAGCCCCCUUCGGAAAAAUUUUGUCACCCCUGGGAAUUCCUCAUCACGGAAAAUGGAGGGAUUGAUGGAGAAGAUCUUUCAAACCACGGCGAAAUCUGAUCCCGAAUCGGUGGUUGGAGGAGCAAAACUCAACAAUUCACACUCCCAUGCAGGUUUAAAUGCCAGUCUAGAAAGAAAGAAAAAUGAAUUUGACUCUUCAUCCGCAGAAGAUGCAGGUCAGGCCUUUGUAAUAGAUGGUCUCCAAACAGAGAAGAAUAUACUGGUAGUGUCUUCACCAGAAAGGGAGAUCAACUUGAUCAAUUUGAAAAAAGAUGAAAAAUAUGGCUUAGGGUUUGAGAUAACUGGUGGGGAGAAGACUGGAAAACUUGAUCUUGGAAUUUUUAUCCAUUCAGUCAUUCCUGGAGGACCAGCUGAUUUGCAGGGAUCAUUAAAACCAGGAGAUCGUCUGAUUUCAGUAAACAAUGUGAGUUUGGAAGGGGUCAGCCAUCCUGCAGCUUUAGAAAUUAUUGAGCAUGCUCCAGAAAAUGUGACCCUUGUCGUUUCUCAACCUAAGGAUGGAUCAGUUAAAGGAACCUCCAGUCUCCAAAGAAAGGGAUAUUUUAAAAAGUCUUCCUUGAUGGCAGACCAUGAGGCCGAGUCGUCUUCGGAGGAGCAGAACUGGCCAGUGAGUCACUGGAGACCCAACUGUGGAAGUUUAUCCGGCAUUUGCUCGAGCAAGUGGGGUGGAAGUCUCAGCUCCCAAGACUCCAGGACGGAGAGUGCUAGCCUGUCCCAGGGCCAAACUAACCACAGCUGUGGCCACCAUAUGAAUGACCAACAGGAUUUGCAACGUUGCAGUAAUCCUCUCCUGGGCCCUCCCAAAGGCAGCGAGAGGAAUGGAUCUUCUUCAGAGACCAACCUGAUCAAAACCAAACUGACUGGCACGGCAGAUACCCCUGACUAUUCUGACCGAGGGGAUUCCGACAUGGAUGAAGCCACUUAUUCCAGCAGCCAGGAGCAAACGGCAUUGAAAAAGGAAUCUUCCUUGGUGAAUUUCUUCAGCUCCGUGAAUUCUAAAAUGCCUCUUAAACCUGGAGAUAUCUUUGAAGUCAAACUGGUCAAAAAUGAGAACGGCUUGGGCAUAAGUGUUACGGGUGGCGUGAACACCAGUGUGAAGUAUGGAGGACUUUAUGUGAAGGCAAUCAUUCCUAAGGGAGCAGCUGAAGCUGAUGGUAGGAUUCAGAAAGGUGACCGAGUGCUUUCUGUUAAUGGGAUCACAUUGGAAGGAGCAACACAUAAACAGGCUGUGGAAAUCAUGAGAAACACUGGCCAGGAGGUCCAUCUAGUACUAGAAAAGGGCCAACUUCCAUCAGCCAGAGUCCAUCCUCCCACAACAUCACAUUGCACACCUACAAACAAACCCAGUCAUAGUGCGCUCUUGGAGAAACCUGUGAAGAAGACUUCAAGUGCCAGAGAAUACAACUUUGUCACUGAUGACAAUACAUUUGAAGUGAAACUCGUGAAAAACAGUUCUGGCCUAGGGUUCAGUUUCUGCCGUGAAGAUAGCGUCUCCCCAGAACAGCCGGGUUCCAGUAUAGUCAGGGUGAAAAAGCUGUUUCCCGGACAACCAGCUGCAGAGAGUGGGCAGAUUGAGGUCGGAGAUGUCAUCCUGAAAGUCAACGGUUCCUCUCUAAAAGGAUUAUCUCAGCAGGAAGUCAUCUCAGCUCUCAGGGGAACGUCUCCUGAAGUCACGCUUCUCCUCUGCAGACCGCUUCCUGGAAUAUUACCAGAGAUUGAUCCUACGUUAUUGACCCCCAUCCAUUCCCCACCACAAAUAUUCCCCAAAGCGGGCAAAGAAAAUCUGCCGCCCCCUAAUGGAGAGCAAGAAGAUAGCUCUGAUGAAAACGAAGCCCUUGACCAGAGCAAGAAGAUCCGGUCCCCUUCUCGGAGAGACAGUUACAGUGACAGCAGUGGGAGCGGAGGGGAGGAAAUGGUGACAAACCCAGCCAGCCCGAAGUGGAAUUCUGCUUUCUAUCAAACCCCAAGCCAGUCCACACCUCAAGCACCUAGUCCUUAUGAGACAUCCAGCAAGCAAAAGGAAGCGAUCCACGCAGCGUUUUGCUCUACUCAUGAGUCAUCUAGGAAGCAAGAAAUGGAGAACAGCAAUCCUCCAUCACCUCUGUUAAUGGAAUUGUCGCCCAUAGCAAACCAAAAAACCAUCACACUUAGUUUUACAGAAGAAAAAUUCAACUCUUCUAUCUCUGACUUCACAUCUCCACAAGGCAGAUCGGCACCUCUUUUCAAUCAGCUUGAAAAACAUGCAGAUGAAUAUGAACCAGAAGUGGAACUCCAUGUAGUUCUAACAAAAUCCGAGAAAGGCAGCCUUGGCUUCACGGUGACAAAAGGCAGCGAUAAUACCGGCUGUUACAUCCAUGACGUAGUACAAGAUCCGGCCAAAAGCGAUGGGCGGUUGCGACCUGGAGAUCGUCUAAUCAAAGUUAAUGAGAUAGAUGUUACUAACAUGAGCCACACAGAUGCAGUCAGUUUUCUCCGAGCUGCUCCAAAGACAGUCAUGCUGGUGCUUGGACGUGUUCUGGAACAACCUAAGAUCCCGAUAUUUCCUCAUCUGUUGCCAGACAUUAGCCUUACCUGCUCUCAAGAAGAAUUAGGUGUUUCCCUUGCUGGCGGUCAUGAUAGUCUUUAUCAAGUGUUAUAUAUUAGUGAUAUCAGCCCCAAAUCUGCUGCAGCCAUGGAGGGAACACUUCAUAUUCUGGAUAUCAUCCAUUAUAUUAAUGGGAUCAGCAGUCAGGGAAUGACCUUGAAAGAAGCCAAGAGGGCGUUGGAAAUCGCUCUUCCGAAUGUGAUCCUGAAAGCAACAAGAGAUGGCCACCCGGUAUUUCCAAAAGCUAAAGAACAUGAAUUCGUUGGUCUGAAGUCAAUCAAACAGAAUGGCCAUUUUCAGGGAGAACAUUGUAGCAAAACAGAAAAGGGACCUGAUAAUUGCAAAAUUAAUGGUGAAACAAAUAGUAGUCUUCAGCUGAAAAGCCUAACCCAGGAUCAUCUCAUCUCUAAAGAAAUGCCUCCAAGCGAUACCAUUUUUCAGACCUCAGAUUUUCCCAACUAUAACAACAACAAAGCAGAAGUCCAAGAUGAAGAUUCUUACGAUGAGGAUGAUCACAAUCAAGUUAUUCAGUACCUUUUAGAUGUUGUCGACGAAGAAGCUCAGAAUCUGCUAAAUCGUAAUAAUUCUGCAUCUGAGACCCAUCAUCCAGAGACAAAUGGGAAACUUUUGGUAGAAAAAUCAGAGGACACAGACUAUGAUGGGUCAUCUUUGCCUGAAGAUUUUUCAGAGCAGACCCAAAUAAAUGGCUCUGAAGAACAUUGCAAUGGCAACAGGAUGUGUGAACGAUUACCUCAGCAACCUUUGAUAGCUCAGGAAGAUGACGAUGAUGUCACCUGGGGAAGUGAGGAGUUGCCCAUUGAAUCAAUAAACCAGCCACCGUCUGUUAAAGACUGCCCAUUAAUCACCAAUGAAGCACUUGCUGCUCUUCCAGUAGUCCAAAUUUUUCCUUCGGGCAACUACACAGGAACCAAAUUAAAAUCAACUGUUCAGAAGUUACGAGGCAUGCUGGAUCAAGGGGUCCCAUCUAAGGAGAUUGAGGUAGUCCUUGACCGUAAUUCAACCCACAGUUUUGCUAAUAAGUCAUGAGGGUCGUAAAAGCAAGUCACCAUCCAGUUUUAUUAUCUUUUUUGUGGUGGUUUUAAAGCAAAUGAUACAGUUGAUAAGCAAACCCAUCAUUUCCUAUGAGACAGUUUUUAACAAAAACCAGAAGUAAAUGCCCGUUUCCAGUAAAAAAAAUAGUAAAUUACGGUUGUGUGACUGCAGGGUGCUACAAAGAGCCAUAAAUGCAGGCUGGUUGCUGAACGCCCAAAUUAUGGUCACAUGACUGUGGGAGACGCCCAGAUGUUGGAACUUUAAAUUUGGGCGACAAAUCACAUUUUGCAGGUCUAUCAUAAUGUUGGAAGGUUGCUAAGGGUCCAGUCAUAAUUCAAGGACUACCUGUAGAAGAGUAUAUUCGUAGCUCAGACUUGGUGAUGAUUGAUUGAUUGAUUGAUUUUGUCAAUCCUAUGUAAGAUAAUAGGUAAAAGUAUAAACAUGAUUUGGAUACAUGAAAAGAGUAAGUAAAAAGGAAUAUUAGGACAGGAACGGUAGGCACGCAGGUGCACUUAUGCACGCUCCUUACAAACCUCUUAGGAAUGGAGUGAGGUCAACAGUAGACAGUCUAAGCUUAAAGUUUUGGGGGUUUGGGGAAGAAACUACAAAGUCAGGCAUUGACCACUCUGUUGCUGAAGUCAUAUUUUCUGCAAUCGAGUUUGGAGUGGUUUACCUUGAGUUUGUAUCUAUUAUUUGCUUGUGUAUUGUUGUGGUUGAAGCUGAAGUAGUCACUGACAGGUAGGACAUUGUGGUAGAUAAUUUUAUGUACUAUGCUUAGGUCAGACUGAAGUCGGCGUAAUUCUAAAUUGUCUAAGCCCAAAAUUUGGAGUCUGAUGUUGGCUAGCUGGGUAACGGAACACCUGUAUAAGCAAACCACAAAGAAAACUCCACUAUUUUCUUUGUUUCCUUUGUUCAUCAGAAUCUUUGUUCAUCUCAACCUGUGCUAAGAAACUUUGCAUGCAUGUUUACGUCUUAAUUUUCCCCCAUUGUCAAAUUCUUUACACCUGUACACAACUUCAUUAUAAAAAUACAGGUAGUCCUUGACUUACAUCCAUUUGUUUAGUAACCAUUCGAAGCUCCAACAGCACUGAAAAAAGUGACACGGCUAUUUUCACACAACCAUUGCAACAUCAUAACAUCAUACGAUCAAAAAAUCUAGAUGCUUGGCAACUGGUUCAUAUAUAUGACGGUUGCAAUGUAACUCACUUAACAACUGUCAGAAAAUUUGAGCUCUGUUGUGGUUGUAAAGGUGAGCACUACGUGUAAUUUGGUACCAACAGGUACCCAAGUUUCCAUGAAUAUCAUUUUGACCACAGAUCUAUUGGGCACCAAACAAGAUGUCCAUAAGUACUGGGGUUCUCGUAGGUAUAAGAUUAUCUGACACUAGAGAAAUAAGAAUAUUGUUGAAAUUAUUCAGUCAUUUUAUAAAAUAUCAAUUAUUUUCUACAUUUGCUACUCCGCUAAAUGCUCCCAUGUUUUAUUGCCAUCAUUAUUUCCAUGGUUCUUUGUCAUUUAUACCUUGCUUAAUUAUUUAAUUGCAAGCUAUAUUCAGGAGAGUAUCAAUCUAAAGCUCUACUUGAAUAUUCAAAUUGUUCAUUAUCAAGCUAUUAAACUAAACCUUAUCUCACACUUCAAAUCUCUCAGCCAUCUGUGUUGAUCUGGGUGAUAUAGACCAGGGGUCACCAACCUUUUGGACCUCAGGGACCAUUCAAUUCAUAAUUUUAAAUCCCGCGGACCACUAAUGUGAUCUGCCUAAUGACCACCUGGGUUAGCAUGGCUAGGUGGUCAUAUGACUGGGUGGGCAUGGCCAGUUCGAUGUCACUCUACUCGUCCCUCCCCUCCCAGCCACUCGUUGCCUCCCCGCCCAGGUUCCUUAGGGCCCCAACAGGAAGCAGUUGUUGGAGCUAAGCAGCCACCAUGAGAAAGAGUUGGCAAAACAGCUCAGUUCAAAUUGGAUCUGACCGAGAAGGAGGCUCACCAGAAGUACCUCACUGAGGACUAGGAGCACAGGCUUUCCAAGCAGAGGGAAGAACUGCGGGAGUGCAAGGCCAGAUACUGGUGCCUGGAGGGUCAGCAGGCUGAGAUAGUCAGCCAGUUCCAGGCCAUGAGGCAGUUCCACUGGAACAAGGCCCUCCAGCUCUACGCCACCAUAGGCACUUCCCUCCAGCCUUCGCCCAAAGCCCCACACCAGGAGGCUGAAGCAGACCCCAAGUCGGAAUUUCUGCUCCCCUCCAACCCACACAAAAAGACCCCGAGGUGGGAGAUUCUCUGCAGCAACACAAACCUUCAUUGCACAUAUCCGGCCCAGAGGCCGUAGUUUGAGAACCCCUGAUUUAAUGCAAUAUAAAAAAUGCAAAUAAUUUUUCUGUGGACUACCAAAAUUUUCUCGUGGACCACCAGUGGUCCAUGGACCACCAGUUGGUUUCCCCUGAUAUAGACCACAUUUAAUGUAAUAUAUUCUUCUUUAAAGGCAAAAGAAGACUUAAAAUUUUUUUCAUC